AUGUACGCUUUUUCAGAGAGAGGUGAUAAAACAUUAAGAAUAAACAACGCCCUAAUAUAUAUGAUAUGUAAAGACAAUCAACCAUUUACAAUUGUUGAAAAUGAAGGCUUUCGCCAUUUUAUUAAAGUUCUUGCGCCGCAUUAUAAACUUCGCAGUAAAACAACGUUGACUCGAUGGGUUGAUGAUAAAUACGCAGCAUUAUCAGAAGUCUUCAAAGAAAAGUUGUCAAAUAUUGUAAACAUUACUCUAACUACUGACAUGUGGUCUGAAACGAUGAGCAUGAGAAGUUUUUUAGGAAUAACAGCACACUUCGGUGAAGGUAAUGAUCUUUUCUCGAUCACUCUUGGAGUUUACGAGUCACAUGAAAGCCACACUUCAGAACACAUAUCUGAAAUGAUGUUAAAAACUUGUGCCGAAUGGGAUAUAGAUAAGAACAAAGUUUCAGCUGUGUUCACAGACAAUGCAGCAAACAUGGUAAAAGCUGUCGAUUUAGCUUUUGGAAAAAAACAUAUACCAAGUUACGCCCACAUCCUUAAUUUGGUAGCACAAAAUGCUGUACAGCAGUGUACUAAUCUGUGA